UCUGAAGGGUCAGGCAGGAAGUUGGUGUGUUGUUACGUCGCUGGGACGCUGUUGAUGCUGCAGCCUCCCUGCACCGUUCCCGUUAGCCUCCUGCUGAACAUAAAAACCGGCAGCAGCGGCACUGGUGUGGCUUCAGAUCCAGGAAAUUCAGAGCUCCCUUUGAGUCAGAGAGGAUGCUAAUAAUAAUGAUGAUGAUGAAGAAGAAAGGCUCUAAGGAGUCCCUGGCUGUGAUGGCUCUUGUCCUUCUGUCCUCGGCCAGCUGCAUCCUCCCGCCAUCGAGGGAAGAUCUUAAUGAGAUCUCCGUCCAGGGAGAGAGGUAUCUGGACAAACAGAUUGAAAACGCCAUUGGCGGCGUGAAGGAAAUGAAAAAUGUGAUGCAGAAAUCUUCUGAAGACCACACAAAGUUUUUGGAUGCUCUGGAGAAAACAAAGCAGCAGAAGGAGGAGGCGAUACGGGCGGCUGAGGAGAUGGAGGCCAAGCUGGAGAAGGAGGAGGAGGUCUGUAACGAGACGAUGAAGGCUCUGUGGGAGGAGUGUAAGCCCUGCCUGAAGAACACCUGCAUUAAGUACUACUCCCGUACCUGCAGCAGUGGAUCUGGGCUGGUGGGACGCCAGCUCGAGGAUGUGCUGAACAGAACAUCUCCCUUCUCCAUCUGGAUCAACGGGGAGCGGAUCGACACGCUGGAGCAGGAGGGACGGCGACAGAGCAAAAAGUUCAGGAACGUGGAAGAAAAAUACACAGAGAUGUCAGAAGGAGUGGAGAGCAUCUUCUCAGAUAGCAUGAAGGUGGCUGAUCAUGUCCACCCUCCCAUGUUCUUUUUCCCGAGAUUCCUGGCUCCGGUCAUGCGCCGCAGCAGGAGCAUCCACACGCUUUUCCACGAUCCCUUCCACAACUUCCAGAGUUUGUUCUCCCCCAUGAUGGGCAGGAACCUGUUUGGCUCCAUGGAUGCCAUGACAGACCUGGACUCUGACACUCCAACAAAUCAGGACGGCAGCGUGAACGAGGACGUGAUCAUUACGAGGCCCUUUGGGAGCGGUAAAAUGACCUGCAGGGAGAUUCGUCGCAACUCUGCCGGCUGCAUCAAGUUCCGUGAUGAGUGUGAGAAAUGCAAAGAAAUCCAGCAUCUUGACUGCUCUGGGAAGAAACCUCUGGAGGGUCCUCUGAAGGAGGAGCUGGAGGAGGCCCUAGCCAUGGCCGAGCGGUUCACGCAGCAGUACAACGUCCUCCUGAAAAGGUUCGAGGAGCAGAUGUUCAACACCUCCUCCAUCCUGGACCUUCUCAACAAGCAGUUCGGCUGGGUGUCGUCUCUGGCUAACAACACCCAGGACGGCAUCUUCCAUGUUAAGGUGGUGGCUACGGGCCCUGAGGUGCAAUCAGGUGAGAAGGAGCCUGCAGACACCAGAGUGUCGGUGCAGCUCUUCGACUCUCCAUCCAUGAACUUCACCAUCUCAGGCGACAUCCCCUGGACCGACCCGAAGUUCUCAGAGGUUGUGGCUCAGGAGGCUCUCGACCGUUACAAGGAAACCAGCGUUUUGGUCAAAUAGAAUUCAUCUGGAUUUGCACUUGAACUGUUCACAAAACGCUCCAAAUUCAUCUAAACACAACUGAGUCCGCCUCCGAACCUCCAGUCCUACUUUUGCAACAAACACAACUAAAGGGUCAUAACAAGUUAGUUCCGCUGUAGAAACUCCUUACAGGAAGGCCUAAUAAGGUCUGAGCCGAGUCUCCUUUGCAAAAAAUGUGCUUUUUAAAUGUGUUUUAAGGAAAUUAAUUGCAUCCUGCUGAUCGAUAUCUGGUUUAUGAUUCAUUAGAAUGAAAUAUUUUACACAUGUUCAUUGAGCUUUCUUUGAUAUGUCGUAGUGACUUUGCCGUUAUUGUUGACAAUUGUGUUACUGGAAUUUGUAAUUUGACAAAUUUAAAUUCUUUUUAGCUGCUUUGGAAAAUAAAAACAGCAAUAAAUAGAAUAAAUUAAACCAGCUACAAACCA